AUGCGGUUCGUCGCCAUCAAUCUUGCCUUCGGGCUCUACAGCUCGGCAUACGGGCUCUCCAUCCGUCCCAACCCUGGCGGCAACAGCUCUCACACCCCGAGCCAUGCACCCAUUCCCUCCCACACCCCCAGUCGCUCUGGGGCCCCCAGUUCCAGGGGCACGCCGACCCCGUCGGUGACUCCCUCCGCGGCCCCGUCUGCUACGCCCCUCACAUGGGAGGAAAUUACCUGCGAGAUGGGCGACAUCGCCAAUCGCCGGGUCAAGUUCGAGGACCGCUGGAUGCAGGCCCGUGUCGACGAUGCCUGGAAUGAUAUGUUACAGUCCUGGACGGAUCAGAAGAAUAAUCAAUCCAGCGGAGACGUUCACUUGACUUUCUCGCAGCACGCCAGCUCCUACUUCAAUGGUCCUGAGCGAUGGGCAUGUGACGAUAUCAACGAUAUCGAGUGUUCCACCACGGUGCCAUGUCAGAAACCUCCGGCGGGUUUCCUACUGCUGAACGGUUUCUCAGGCCUACAUAAUGUUUAUAAAAAAAUGUGGGACGCCCUGAACCAAGCCGAGAUGGAGAUGCAUGGAGAAAUAGGCAAUUUCGCCGCCGAGUUUGCCCCCCAGGCCAAAGACGAUACCAGCCAGGGUGCCCUGAUGGCAUUGGAUAUCCUCACAAGCGUUUUAUCGUUCGGAAUGGCAGGUGCUUUUGGUGGUAUCGUCAAGGGAGUAGCCGAAGUCGUUGAAACCGCCGUUGAGGUAUCGCAGACCCCGCUUCUACGACCCAGCGAUGGCGGUGGGAAAGUUGGCGGACGAAAGGGAGGCAAAGGUGGUAAAACCAGUAAGGGAGGGACGGGGCGUAACGGAGGUAAAGGAGGUAAAGGAGGAAAAGGAGGAAAAGGAGGAAAUGGUAAGAACGGUGGAAAGACGAAUCCAGCAAAGGAUAAAGGCAAGGAUCAUGAGGAUCCUGAUGAUGACCAGGACCAGGAGGAUCCGGUGGAAGACACCGGAGAUGAUGUAGGGGACGAUGAGAACACCGGCGACUACGACGAUCAGGAGUCCCCUCUGGUGAAACGCGCCAAAUCUAAUCGUGCCAAAAGUCUCUCCAGCCGCGUGACCAAGGAUAUGAUAAAAUCUGUUGAUACAUUCCAGCCUAGCCCGCUAUCUAAUGAUCAAGUGUCAAUUCAAAACGCUGUCAGCCAAACAGUUCGAAACAUUUUUGAAGAGUGGAAGACUGUUCUUGCGAACUCUAUCAAGGCCACAUUCUCUGGGGAAGAACCCUAUCCUCAAGAGCUAUAUGAAAAAAUCGCCAACGGCACCAUGAAUUAUUUCAGCGGCAACAUUUCAACGCCAGAGAUAGUUAACAACGCCAAGAAGCUCGUCUUUGGUCAACUAAUUGUGUCGACUUGGAAGAUAGCUCCGGACGACAUGGGCGCCCACCCUUUUAUCUUCUAUACCGACAAGGACUGCGGACAGGACCUCGGCAGUGACAUAGGAUACGCGAUGGUCACUAAGGAUGCUAGCAUCACCGGGCGCACAUGUUACAACGGACGUCUGGUGCUGCUGAUGAAUGCUCGACAAUCAGGUAAUGUUCGCGAGGUGAAUGCCCUGCCCGGGGUGGACAACCUCGAGUCGGAUAAUUACGGCGGCGUGACCAAAGAAGAUAUCAUUAUCAGCUCGAUGAAGCUGUACGAGCAGAAUGGCAAUAAAAACGGAGGCAAGCCGCCCAGCAAUGAAGACCUUAUUAACAAUCUGGAUACCCUCAUGGACGACCCCAAUAAGACUCCCCUCGUGCAGACCGCUGGGUUCUUCAACCUUCCCGUCUGCACCAGCUAUGAUGAUCUGCGCAAAAACAUUUACCAGAGCCCAGGGAGCAGCAAGUAUUGGCCCUGCGAUGCGCCGGAGGGUUACAAUGGGAAGGGGACUAAUAUUCAUGUCAAUAAUGGAUGUAUCCUCAUUAAUGAUACCCCUGUUUGUAAAGGAGAUAGCUACAACUUUGCCGACCCUGAAACCCCCGACCAUCGGAACUGGGUUCAGGUCUACGCCCAGUUUGAUGGCCAAUCCGACGCCUGGAAAACCGUCAGCCCGGGCUGCGAGCUGACCUUCACUUUCCCGGAAAACUACGAGGACAUUUACUUUGGAGACGACAACUGCGUCUACGAUGCUGGUGCUAAACCCAUCCCAGGCCUCCAAGGACAGGGGCAGUGCUGUGAGGCUCGACCGGAGGGAUUCGGGGAUCUCCGCGUGACGAAUCCUUAUAGGUGGAAAUGA